ACGACCUUACCUCUAUUUGCCAGACACUGCGACACACUCCUCUUGCACUUCAAUCAAGAUCAGACCAUGAGCUCCACGUACGACUACGUUGUUGUGGGCGGUGGCCUUGCUGGCUGCGUUCUCGCCAGCCGCCUGCGACAUUACAAUGAGGCGGCCAAGAUCGUUCUCAUCGAGGCUGGACAGGAUACGCGUGAGCGGUCUGAUGUCCAGGAGCCGCAGGUUUUGAACCUCGGGGGAGAUCUGGACUGGCAGUACAAGUCUGAGCCGACACCUGGAGCCUUUAAUCGCUCUAUUACUCUCAACUCUGGCAAGGGAUUGGGCGGUGGUUCGGCCAUCAACUCAGGCGGGUGGACUCGUGGUGCCGCCGUGGACUACGACGAGUGGGCAGCUCUCGUUGGAGACGGGAGAUUCAGCUACAAAGGCCAGUUGCCGUGGUUCAAGAAGGCCGAACAUUGGUUCGACGAGAAGAACCCUGAGCAACAUGGCCAAGAUGGCCCAAUCUAUGUCGCCUCCGCUGGGUCCACCAACCGCAUAUUCCCUUUAAGCGACCACGCCGCUGCAGCCUGGGAGGAGCUAGGUGUGAAUGCACUUCCUGGGUUCGAUCAGAAUGCUGGCGAGAAUCUUGGUCGAGCUUAUAUCUGCGAGGCCAGACGCGACGGCAAGCGACAGUGGGCUGCCAGCUUGUAUUCCCUCGAGGGCGUCGAACUCCGUCUCAGCACCGUCGUCAACAAGGUCGUUUCUACCACUGUCGACGGAACCUUGACUGCCACUGGCGUCGAGUUGGCCGAUGGCUCUAUCGUAUCAGCCAAGAACGUCAUUCUAUCCGCGGGAACUUUCCGCUCGCCGCAGCUCCUUCAGCUUUCGGGUAUCGGCUCGUCAAAGAAUCUAAAGGAAGUUGGCGUUGAGCCUCUCGUCGACCUUCCUGAAGUGGGCCAAGGCUUGACCGACCACGUGUCCUUCUUCCAGCACUGGCGAGUCCGUGAUCCCUCCGCUGGGUACACUCUUGGGUCUCCCAAUCCCCACUUCGCCCAGCCUCAGUACGCUCAUGGAGUCCCCAUGGAUUGGAUCGUCUCCACGAGCGUACCAAAGGACGGUCUUGUCGACGCCAUCAAGAAGGAUGAAGGGGUCGAACCUGAUCCGUCCCAGCAUUCGCUUCUGUCCAAGACUCGAACGUUCCUCGAGAAUAUUGUCCUUUAUGCCAAGCUUCCGUUUCCUGGUGUCCCGAUGGAUGCUGAGCACAUUACCACUGCUGUUGUUAGCUUUCUGCCCACUUCCAGGGGUACUGUGUCAUUGAAGUCAGCCAGGCCUGAAGAUCCACCCAAGAUCGACCUCAAUUAUCUUGGCACUGAAGUGGACAAGUAUGUGUUCCGUUCGGGUCUCCGACAACUCACCAAGUUCAUGCUGGGCCCCAAAUUCGGACAGUUCAUUACUGGCGAGUCUGUACCUGAGGGACUGCCAGCCGAGCCUCUGUCCCUCGACGAUAGUGACGAAAAGCUCGACCAGAGGUUGGCCAUGACUAGCGGAACUACAUGGCAUGCCUCGGGAACCUGUUCCAUGGGCAAGGUCGUCGAUACUGAAUUCCGUGUUCGUGGAGUGGAGGGCCUGCGAGUCGUCGAUGCUUCCGUGUUCCCCGUGCCACUGAGUGCCCAUAUCCAGGCCCCUCUCUAUGCUCUUUCUGAGCAGGCAGCGGCCAUCAUUUCAGGAAAGGCAUGA